AUGGAUAGUCCAGAAUUACUUAAAAUAGAACUUCAAAGGUUAAAGAAUGAUUAUGAAAAUGAACUAUCAGUAGAUCACGUAAUGCCCAAGACUCAAUUUGAUUACGCUUGUUUGUUAAUAUGUUCUUCAGAUUUAAAAAAUAUAAAGUUUGCUUCUUCAUUAUUACAUGAAUUAUUACUUAUAAAUUAUAAUCGUAUAGAUUGUUUAUAUCAGCUAGCUAUAGCACAUAUAAAAUUAAGAGAUUAUAAAAAAGCUAAGAAUUAUUUAAAUGCCUUAUUAAAAAUCGAUGCAAGAAAUAGUAAUGCUUUAGCUUUAAAGAGUUUACUUUUUGAUUUAAUAUCAUCUGAUGGUUUAAUUGGUGCUUUGUUAGUUGCACUGACAGCUUGUGGUUUAUAUUUAUCUUUUAAAUCUUUCAAGUAUUUUUAA